CACACACACAGACAGACAGAAACACACACAGACAUACAGACAGACAGAGAGGAGCGGGGAGCGCACAUGUCAAGGACCUCCCUAACCGCUCAGCUCCACUCCGUACUCCCUCCCAUGGCAGACAGAAAACUGGAGAAGAGGAGGAAUAGAGGAAUACUGCAGUGACCAACCAGCUGCUCUCUCUCUCGCUGCUCCACUGUUUUCAUCCUUUCUUUUAAAAAUUAUUUCUCCCCCCGUUCCAAUUAUACCAUGAACCUGCCUGCUGCCUGUUCCUAAGGACAGCAAAACAGGGAGCAGUGGACAAGGUAUUCUUUUGUUGCUAAGCCUCCUGAGCCUAGGACACAGCAGUCAUGGAGGAGGGAUCCAGAGACCAGGGACAACAGUGUGUGGGGACAACAGAUCCUGAGGAGGACUCUCCCAACACAAUCAUCUACAGAAAGAUUGAAGAUGUCAUUAUGCGGCUACAGGAUGAGAAGGCAGGAGGGGUGGCCAUCCGAACUGUCAAGAGCUUCCUGUCCAAGAUCCCCAGUGUGGUAUCAGGAGCAGACAUUGUGCAGUGGCUGAUGAAAAACCUCUCCAUUGAGGACUCAGCUGAAGCCAUUCAUUUAGGGAGCCUGAUCGCUGCCCUUGGCUACCUCUUCCCCAUCUCCGACCACGUCCUCACUCUCAAAGAUGAUGGGACCCUGUACCGCUUCCAGGCUCCAUACUUCUGGCCCUCUAAUUGUUGGGAACCUGAAAACACAGACUAUGCUAUCUACCUGUGCAAGCGCACCAUGCAGAACAAGGCCAGGCUGGAGCUAGCUGACUACGAGGCUGAGAACCUGGCUCGACUGCAGAGGGCCUUCGCCAGGAAGUGGGAGUUCAUCUUCAUGCAAGCUGAGGCGCAGGUCAAGAUCGACAGGAAGAAGGACAAGGCUGAGAGGAAGAUCCUAGACAGCCAGGAGAGGGCAUUCUGGGACGUCCAUCGCCCUGUGCCAGGCUGUGUAAACACCACAGAGAUGGACAUUCGCAAGUGCCAGAGAGAGAAGAAUCCACAGAAGGUGAAAAAGUCGGUGUAUGGGGUAACAGACGACACCCAGACUCAGAGUUCAGUCCACCAGUCCCUCCCAUCCCAGCCGUCCAGGAAGCCCACCAGAGAGGACGUGCAGAAGGAGAUUUCCUUCUUGAACAUGCAGCUGGACAGACACUGUAUGAAAAUGUCCAAAGUAGCAGACAGCCUCAUGAGCUACACAGAACAGUUCAUGGUCUACGAUCCUUUAGCGUCAACUGUUGAACCGUCCAACCCCUGGAUCAGCGAUGACAUGACCUUCUGGGACCUGGAGGCUAGCCGGGACCCCAGCCAGCACCGUGUGAAGAAGUGGGGCUUCUCUCUGGAGGAGGCCCUCAAGGACCCAGCGGGACGGGACGCUUUCCUCAAGUUCCUGGAGUCGGAGUUCAGCUCAGAGAACCUCCGGUUCUGGUUGGCAGUGCAGGACCUGAAGCGGAGGCCCCUUGAGAAUGUGGCAGCCAGGGCCCAGGAGAUCUGGCAGGAGUUCCUGGCAGAGGGUGCACCCAGCUCCAUCAACCUGGACUCCCACAGCUAUGAGCUCACCAGCCAUAACCUGAAAGAUCCUGGACGAUACAGCUAUGAGGACGCACAGGAACACAUCUUCAAGUUGAUGAAAAGUGACAGCUAUGCACGCUUCCUGAGAUCCAACAUUUAUCAGGACCUCCUGCUAGCCAGAAAGAAGCUGGAUGAUCAGCACCACAGCAGAUCAAAGCAUCAUCUUCUCUUGACAGAGGGUGAGCAGGGCCGCCGUACCUCCCUGGAAAAGUUCACCCGCAGUGUGGGCAAGUCAUUGACGGGCAAGCGGCUGACAGGGCUGAUGCAGUCAUCCUGACACUGCCUGGGCUGGAGGGGCACAGACAGACACCCCUGGAAGGGCCAUGACCAUGCAGGGAGAGGGGUGCUGCUGGGGUGGGAAGCUCUGCUCUGGUGGGUCACAGACAGUGCCAUGCAGCGCUGGAAUUAGGACUACUCACAGAACCACAGAUCAUGCCAGCUGGGGGGGAGGGGAGCUUGACCCACUCACCACAUGGUAUGAACACAGUACAAGCACAUACAGUAGGGCUACAUACAAGCUCAAUGAGUCAUAGUGGGACAUGUACAGAUAGGAAGUGAAUGCAGACACUGGGUUGAAGUCGAAGUUUACAUACACCUUAGCCAUAUACAUUAACACAGUAAAAAUACCGUAAAAAUUCCCCGUCUUAGGUCAGUUAGGAUCACCACUUUAUUUUAAGAAUGUGAAAUGUCAGAAUAAUAGUAGCGAGAGUGAUUUAUUUCAGCUUUUAUUUCUUUCAUCACAUUCCCAGUGGGUCAGAAGUUUACAUACACUCAAUGAGUAUUUGGUAGCAUUGCCUUUAAAUUGUUUAAUUGGGGUCAAACGUUUCGGGGAGCCUUCCACAAGCUUCCCACAAUAAGUUGGUUGAAUUUUGGCCCAUUCAUCCUGACAGAGCUGGUGUAACUGAAUCAGGUUUGUAGGCCUCUUUGCUCACACAUGCCUUUUCAGUUCUGCCCACACAUUUUCUAUAGGAUUGAGGUCAGGGCUUUGUGAUGGCCACUCCCAAUACCAUGACUUUGUUGUCCUUAAGCCAUUUUGCCACAACUUUGGAAAUAUGCUUGGGGUCAUUGUCCAUUUGGAAUACCCAUUUGCGACCAAGCUUUAACUUCCUGACUGAUGUCUUGAGAUGUUUCUUCAAUAUAUCCACAUAAUUAUCCUGCCUCAUGAUGCCAUCUAUUUUGUGAAGUGCACCAGUCCCUCCUGCAGCAAAGCACCCCCACAACAUGAUGUUUCCACCCCCAUGCUUCACGGUUGGGAUGGUGUUCUUCGACUUGCAAGCCUCCCCCCUUUUUCCUCCAAACAUAACGAUGGUCAUUAUGGCCAAACAGUUGUAUUUUUGUUUCAUCAGACCAGAGGACAUUUCUCCAAAAGUACAAUAUUUGUCCCCAUGUGCAGUUACAAACCACAGUCUGGCUUUUUUUUGGCAGUUUUGGAGCAGUGGCUUCUUCGUUGCUGAGCGGCCUUUCAGGUUAUGUCGACAUAGGACUCAUUUUCCUCUGGAUAUAGAUACUUCUGUAUAUGUUUCCUCCAGCAUCUUCACAGGGUCCUUUGCUGUUGUUCUGGGAUUGAUUUGCACUUUUCGCACCAAAGUACGUUCAUUUAUAGGAGACAGAAUGCGUCUUCUACCUGAGCAGUAUGACGGCUGCGUGGUCCCAUGGUGUUUAUACUUGCUUACUAUUGUUUGUACAGAUGAACGUGGUAACUUCAGGCAUUUGGAAAUUGCUCCCAAGGAUGAACCAGAGGUCUUGGCUGAUUUAUUUUGGUUUUCCCAUGAUGUCAAGCAAAGUGUAACUUAGUGUAUGUAAACUUCUGACCCACUGGAAUUAUGAUACAGUGAAUUAUAAGCGAAAUAACAAUUGUUGGAAAUAUUACUUGUGUCAUGCAUUAAGUAGAUUAUAGUGCCUAAAUUAUAGUUUGUUAACAAGACAUUUGUGGAGUGGUUGAAAAACGAGUUUUAAUGACUCCAACCUACGUGUAUGUAAACUUCCGACUUCAACUGUAUAUACAUAUACAGUACAGUCUGCCCACACUAGGCAGUCAGCAAUAAUGACAGCAGGAGGACACUUUUCUGUUCUGUAUUUAACAAAUCUCUUUUUUUAUAUCUUUAUCUUUGUCUAAAUCUGUAUCAUAUUUUUUUCUUAUACAGUACACCAUAUAAUCCUAUUUACUGAUGGAAACUUAAAACCUAUUAUUUUUGCAGUGAUUGGGAAUAUUUUUGUUUGCCCAUAAAUCUAAGGUAUUGUAAUUGUUAUUAUAGAAGCGACUUUGAGGGAAAUUCUCCAUGAUUUUAUUACAUUCCAGGAGUAGGCAUAAGGGCUUGAUAGAGAAUUUACAAUUAAUCAUUGCAUGUUUCAUCAAAUUGUGUUUGUUUAGAAUUCAUGCUAUGGUUCGAUUCUUAUUUUUUGAAAGCAUGAAGUCCAAUUGAGGUCAUAGGCCUAUUUUUCAAAGGAGACCUGGCCAACACAGACAAUCAUACACUCAAGAGCACACCUACCAUUUGAUUAAAUCAAUAUAGACAGCUUUAAAGCUCGAAAACCCUGUCCCUUAUGGAAAAUCUCAAUAAUGUUCUCUCAGAAUCAGUGAAUUCAGCCUUAUUUAGUAUUUUACACAGCACCAAGUUUCGAGUUUUCAUGUCACAUGCACAAGUACAGUGAAAUGCCUUUCUUGCAAACUCAAAACCCAACAAUGUAAUGAUCAAUAACAAUGUGAUACAUGGUGUUUCUGUAUUAUCCUGCACCUAUUCAAGCAGAUACAUGCCAAAUAAAUGCCACAUUAGACCAGUCACAGAGAUAUUUAAGUGACAUUCACCUGCCUUACAGGCCCCUAAUAAAAUAGCCCUGCAUCACUACCACUUUGGAAUGUCACCAGUGUCAUCUAAUGGAGACUAAACACCAUGCACCUCUAUGGGCCAUGGUGGCCAGGCAUGCCCGAACAGGAGCACUGUGGCAGGAAUAUUUAUUUGGAUGUUGAAAUAUGUCAUCACCUCACAAUCAGAAAGAUCCUAUAUCGCUUAACAGACCAAGAGAAGCAUGUUUCAUUUAGCGCUAGCCGUUAUGUUGCAUUCAUGUCAAUGUAAACCAUGACUUACAUGCUCAGUCAUUACAGAGAUAUGUGUAUGUAUUAUUCCUCAUGUCAUGUUGUUGCAAGCCAUUGUUAUAUUUGCCAAACCGUGUGUAUGCUUGUUAGGGGAAAUGCUCUGUGAAAUGAAGUUUAGGGAGUCUGAGCUGGGGAGAAAAGGUUACGUGCACAGCCAACCAGCAAGCUGCUUGGUUCUUCUUCUUCUAUCUUCAAACACAACCAAAAGGGAAAUUACCUCAAUCUCCACCACUGAACAGAACAACGAACAUCUCUGCUGAAAGGACAUAAACCAACAGGAUGCACCUGACUGAUAUAACAUCCAUCCCUGGAACUGGAAGAUACAUGAUUCAUCUGAAGGACUCUGCUGCAUCGCUCUUCUACAUUCCCAAAGUCCUGAGAUAGAGGAGAGUAUCAUUCACAGCACAACAGCUCCCUCGUGUGGUAAGGGGGGCAUAUGAUCAACUGCCAGAGUCAAUAUUACUAAAGUCAAAUACUGAGAGAAUUACAGUACUUCAAAUUAAAUUAGAGUUGCUGCCAUGCACUGUACAGGUUGAUAUUUAUAUGAUUAUCAUAAACUAAAACCUCUUGACUAUAAGAUAGAAAUGCUUAAUUUAUUGAGGGAUAGUUCACCCAAAUUACAAAAUGACAUUGGUUUCUUUACCCUGUAAGCAGUCUAUAGUUUAGUUUCCCUGGCAGUUUCCAAAUGCUUUGUAGUAGAAAUCCCACAUGUUGACAUUUAUUGUCAGGAAUCUUGCCCUGGAAGCAGAAUGGAACACUUUCUGCUAGCUAGGCCAGCAUUUGAAAACAGUGCCAACACUGCCAGGGAAACUCAACCAAAGCAUGGAUUGCUGUCAUACCUUGUCCAUGGACUGCUUACAGGGCAAGGAAACAUAAGUCUAAUUUUGUAAUCUGUGAAAUAUCCCUUUAAAGAAUAUUGUCUGCACAAACACAAUAGCACUGUGUGUGUGUGUACAGAGUGCAUUGUAUAUAAAUUGGCUAUAUAGAUUUCCAUUAUCUAAAAGCACAUGUUAUGGUAUGGGCACAUUACUAUGCAUGUAACAUAUCCAGGACAUUUGUGCUUCUAGUUUCUCAAAUCAGCAAAAUGACUAUUAGCACUCUAAAAGACCCAUGCACCUAAUAUCUUGUGGGGACUAAAAAAUAAAACCUUGGGACCUCCA